AGAAAUGGAAGCAAGCUCAGUAUUUCAGUUGCUUGUGUUCGUGUUUUGUGACUGCAUAUCAGAGAUUAUUCACUAAGUUUAAGUAUUGUACGUUAGAUUAUCCUCUUAGCCUUCUUGGCUGCUCAAUCACAAGCCCAACAUUACGACCACCAUGGUGCGACUUCCUCAGUUACAUUCAACCAGCACCACAACACGGUCCAUCAUAUCCAAUCAGCCCCGGCAUUGGUAAAAGCAGCCCCAUUGGCUGCCGCUCAUGCUGCCCCAGUAUUCACUGCCCAUCAGGCUCCUGUACAGGUAUAUGCUAACCACCAGGCCCAUCAGGUGCCAGUAUAUGCUGCCCACCAAGCUCCAGCCUUCACAGCCCACCAAGCUCCAGUCUUCACAGCUCACCAAGCCGCGCCUGUGUUCGCUGCCCAUGUAGCGCCAGUCCAUCAUGCUGCUCCACAAUUUGCUGUCCAUGCUGCGCCAUCUCACGGCCACGCUCAGACCUACUCUUUCGGAGCUGCCCAUGGAGCACCCGUAGCUGCCCACUUUGCUGCCCCUGUAGCAAAAGUUGCCGCCCCAUUACUGGUCAAGACCGCCCCUGUCAAAGCUAUCGCUGCCCCAGUUUUGGUCAGUGGUGGAUACCAUCAUGGAGAGCAUGGACACCAUGAACAAGAAUAUGCUCCUGCAAAAUACAUUUUCGAAUAUGGCGUCGAAGACACCCACACCGGAGACAUCCAUUCCCACAAGGAGCAACGUGACGGUGACGUCACCCAUGGUGAGUACUCCCUGCACGAAGCUGACGGUACCAUCAGAACUGUCAAAUACACCGUGGACAAGCACAGCGGUUUCAACGCCGUGGUGGAGCGGUCUGGCAAGGCUACGCACCCUCAGCCUGCCAAGGUGCUCAAGGCUGCAGUUCCAGUGCAGCAUUAUCAUCAUUAAGGCCAUAAACUGACUUUUCUUGUUUAGGAAACUGUAGUUGUUAUGUAUAUAACGGAUAUUAUUUAUUUAUGUAUAAUUGUUUUAUAAUAAAAUAUGUUUUGCAUUAA